AUGCGUGUGGUGCAGAAGACGACAGCAGCGGCACUGAAGUACGCAGCUGGCAGGCCGUCGAUCGGCCUGGCAUUAUUUGGCUGUAAAAAUCGGCCUGCUUAUCGGAUUGUGGUUCUGCCGGAUCGGGCCUACGGAAGGCCCUACGAGGGAAGCAUCAUCGAAGAGGUAAUUUUACCGCUCAAUUUUGAG